AUGGCUCCGAGUACGAGAGGUUGGCAGAUGAUCGAGAUCGUUUCGGUCUUGGUCGCUCUAUGCUUAAUGUCGGUGGUUAUGCGAGUGGUGGCUCGUCUGAAGAGGAGAGUUGGACUCGGCGUGGAUGAUUAUCUCAGUAUUCUGUCCAUGGUAUUGAUGGUUGCUAUGUUAAUUGAACUGUGUCUAUGGUGUUCAAUCGGAGGCAAUGGUGCCCACGUUAAGACCGUCGACGCCGAGACGAUGAUGAACUACUGGAAGAUAUUCCUAGCCAAUCAGUUCACAUAUUUUAUCCUCUGUCCCGCCAUCAAAAUAUCCAUCAUCUGCUUCUACCGCCGCGUCUUCACCACCCCCAAGUUCCAGACCUUCACCUUUGGCUUAAACAUCCUCAUCGGCGCCUGGGGCCUAGGAAUUUUCCUCGCCUGCGCCGGCCAAUGCCGCCCUCUCCGCGCCUACUGGGAUGGCAGUGUCACAGGCACAUGCUUCAAUGCCGACGAAUUCUUCAUCGUCAACCAAGCCUUCAACGUCCUAAUGGACUUCAUAAUCCUCAUCCUCCCAGUCCCAAUGAUCUGGAACCUCCACCGCGCCUGGCAAGAUAAACUUGCCCUAAACGGCGUCUUCGCCCUCGGAGCAUUCGUCUGCUUCGCCUCCAUCUACCGCAUCAUCGUUCUCUUUUGGAUCUCCCCUUCAGACCCAACAUAUACAGUCUACCAAGCAACCCUAUGGACGCACGUCGAACCCGCCGUCGGUCUCAUCUGCUCCUGUCUCCCGAUUAUUCGAGGUCUCUUCCCAGCGCUGAAACUCAAGAACCGGUCCAAUCGCAGUCAAGGCCCGUAUUAUAUCAAUACGAAUAUCAGCCAAUCGAACAUUCUCUCGAAAUCUAGUCCGCGCUCGCCGGAUCUGGAGUAUAUGAAGAUGGAGGCGGGGAUGUGUGGUACGACUAUUGAGAGGACGCAUAGGCAAUUCCUGGGUGAUGAUUUGCAUCCGCUCAAUAUCAAGGUGCAGACUGAUAUUGCGAUUACGCCGGAUAAUGACUCUGUCUCAUCGUCUAUCUAUCGGGCUCCACACUGA